GUUGCGCUGUCAACCAGAUCCAAACAAUAUCGCGUGUGAGAGGGGCGGGGCUAGAAUGAGCUGCAGGUAAUUGAACCAGGUGCUGCCCAGGGCAUCCUGGGAGAACCCCCUGAGAAAGUUAUUGUCCGGGAGGAGGAGGAGGAGGAGGAGGGUAGAAAUGUCAGGGAAUGGGGUGGGAGACUGUUUAGGAGGAGAAGCAGAACGGGAGCUGAUUGGUGAGCUGGUACAAGUAGGCGCUGAUCUGGCGGUGACAUGUGGGAGAAUGCGAGAAGGGGGUUCGGAAGGGGUAAGACAAGAAGGUGCAGAUCAUAGAGAAGUAGAUGGGGUAAGACAAGAAGGGGCAGAUCAUAGAGAUGUAGAUGGGGUAAGACAAGAGGGGGCAGAUCAUAGAGAUGCAGAAGAGGGAAGACAAGAAGGGGCAGAUCUGGGAGAUACGGAUGAUGUAAGGCAAGGAGGGCGAGGGCCAGACCCAGGGGUGUCAUGUGGGAAAAGAGAAGAAAGGGCAUUGCAGGCAGCAGGUGAUGAUCCAGUAGGAAGCAUUGAGCUGACAGUAACAAUGGAUGAAAGGCUGAAGCCAAAGGCACCAUGUAGGGACAUAGCAGGGCAGACAAUUGGGUUAAGUCUAAAAGGGACAGCAUUUGAUGUAACUACUGGGCUCCACCAUAAAGGGAUAGGGCAGGAAAGGAUUAGGGAGACAGAGGAAGGACCAGGACAGUGUCUGACAGUUAAGGCAGCUCAGCUAAGCCCCCCUAAAGUAGGGCAUGAGACACUGAAAUCAGGAACUAGGGUGGUAGGGAGGGCAGCUGAGUGUAAGGGCUGUGGGCAUUUAGGGAACAAGCACAGUGGGACACAGGAGGCCGUAUGCAGCAUUUCUGUAAGAUCAGGACCCUGGUUGGCAUCAGGGCGGCACAAAACCCUGCGCAACACAACGUUUAAUAAGAGAAGAGAGGGGUCAUUGGAGAGGGAGGGCCUGAAAGCUAAACAUGCCUAUAACAGGUUGUCUGCCAGUCGAGGAACAAGGUGCCCACCUACCACCCGUAGAAAGUCCGAACACAGAGUUGCUGAGAGCAAAGCGACAAGAUAACCAAGCCGGGGACCCCAACAGCAGGAAAUGAAAAUUGGGCAAAAGAAAACAGAGGCAAGGGGUAAUAAGAGGCAGGUGACGGUGGACAGCUCCAAAGCCAAGACAUCCUUAGAAGCCCUAAAGAUGAGCAUCAAACAGCUGAAGUGGAAAGAAUUUCCCAUGGGUCGACGCCAACCUUGUGAUAUUUAUUGGCAUGGAGUUUCUUUCCACGGGAUGGCCGAGAUGGUGCAUAAAAUCAGCCUGAGCCGGGCCGUGAGGACCAUGCAGGAACUGUACCCGGAAGAAUACAACUUUUAUCCCCAGUCCUGGAUCCUUCCUGAAGAGUAUCACCUCUUUGUUGCUCAAGUACGUCUAGGAAAAGAAAAUGACCCAACAUGGAGACCAACGUUCAUUGUGAAACCAGAUAGUGGUUGUCAGGGUGAUGGGAUCUACCUCAUUAAAGACCCCACUGAAGUCUGAAUGAUGGGGAGCUUGCAGAAUAGACCUUCAGUAGUCCAGGAAUACAUCACAAAACCCCUUCUUAUAGACAAGCUCAAAUUUGACAUCCGCCUCUAUGUUUUACUAAAGUCCAUAGAACCUCUGGAAAUUUACAUAGCCAAAGAUGGCCUCUCCAGGUUCUGCACAGAGGCAUAUCAAGAGCCUAACCAUAAGAACCUUCACCACACCUAUAUGCACUUAACCAACUACUCGCUCAAUCUCCACAGUGGGAACUACAUACACUCGGACAGCAUGCACACCGGCAGCAAGAGGACUUUCUCCAGCGUUCUCUAUAUGCUCUCUGCCAAAUGACUGGAUGUUAAGAAAGUGUGGUCUGAUAUAAUUUCACUUGUGAUCAAAACUAUUUUAGCUUUAAUACCUGAGCUCAAGGUUUAUUACCAAGCUGAUAUACCCCCGGGAAAGCCAGGACCAACGUGCUUCCAGAUUUUAGGGUUUGAUAUUCUACUUGUUAAAAACUUGAAACCUGUGUUACUUGAAGUGAAUGCAAAUCCAAGCAUGAAGAUAGACCAUGAGCAAGAGCUCCUACCGGGGGUAUAUGAACACGUCCAGAGUCUAGUCGAUGAGGAGGUGAAAAUCCCCAUCAUCCGGGAUACUCUGCGUCUCGUGGAUCCUGCAAGGACGAGGAUUAACUGUAAUCAGUCCAAUCCCUCAGAAAGCACAUUGGAAACAAACAAGGGGUUAUACAUAGAGUCAACCGAGCAAGUAGAUCCAGAGAUGAAUAAACUUCCAGAAAGCUCUAUUCCAUCUAAUUGCUUCAAGCAAGUGUUUCCGAAAUAUUCCAAGCAGUUCAAUUACUUGCGGGUAGUGGAACGAGUGGCUUCCAUCUUCCUACAAUUCCUCGGCAUCAAGGGUACCAUGAAGCUUGGACCAACUGGAUUCCGCACAUUCAUAAGGCAUGUCCUUGCAGGCCUUUGUGGAAGCCUUCCUCUACUUGGCCCAGAGACGAUUCAAAUGCCUUCCUCUUCAAGAACAAGUCCAGUCUUUGAUAUCAUUGUGUGAAAGGCACUUGGACUCCUUGGAUGAGAAGAGACUUCUCUGCAGUCGGGCUCCAGCUCCGAGCUGCUUUCUCCACAAUGAUCUGCACUUUACCUCUCGUGUUCCACGACUUAACCGCACUUCGACGGCCUGCAAGCUCGCUGAUUAUAAGCUGCAGCAUUCUUGAACAAAAAAUGCAUUGGAUUUCAUUUGUACACUAAAAUGUUUUGCAUUUUAACCCAACUCUGCUCUGAAUGUUGUACUCCUAAUAUCUAGACUUCCACUGCUCAGGCUGCUUAUUAUUUAUACAUGAUACAAGAGAUUUGGAUGGGAAGGAAGACGACUAGAAGACCACUAAACACUAUCCAUGAUCCACAGGGAAAAUACACUGACUGCUAAGUGGUUACAUUUGCCUCUAAUACACACUUCCAUAUUGGUACCAAACUGGUCAUAUGUGCAUGCUAAUCAAGCAGACCUUUGCUCAAGUAGAGGGACAGAUCUGAUUGGUUGGACUCCUGGCCCAUGACAGGAUCACAUUAGACAUGUGCUGAAUUAGCGGCUGAUGGGAUUUUGCUGUUUCCCCAUUUUAUAAGCGACCGUAUCAGUUCUGAAGACCACACAUGGGCAGUAGGUACUAGGCACAUUCUAUAUUGUAGGGCAGCUAAUGACUGUGAAGUAAAACUUCCAUUUUUAGCUUAUCAGUAACCUUGUUUCAAUCACACGUUCCCAUAAAAUAUGUGCAAAGUUUGUUCUUAUUCUUCUUAACAUAUUUACGACAAGCGAGGGAUUUUGAUACCAAUGAUGAAGAGACAUUAUGCGAUAAAAGAUUUGGAUGCAGACCAGUUUAAAAACAGCACAAAAUGCAUUAUGAAGUGUUCAGUUAAACAAGCAGCAUACUUUAAGAUUCAUAUACUACAUGGGGUGCAAAGUGCACACAAUCAGACCAUGUUUGUUACCCAGAAUGUAUCCUGGACAUACACAAUGUGGACAACUCAGGCACUUCCCUUCUUAAUGCACCUACUUACGCCUGCUAAAGAACGGCCUUUAGUAUAGACUCUGCUUUGCCUGUGAGUACCAGCUAUGGUUGCCACCUUUUUCUUUUGGCGAAUAGAGGCAGGUGGUGGCCGGUGAUGUAGAGGGGGGUUGAUGUUAGGGGCAGGGCUGAUGACGUAACUGAUGAUGUAGCGAUUGGCUUUUAGCCAUGUCAUUCACUUUAAUGUCCUGUCCAGAUUUCCUAAUUUGGAAAUAUAGACAGGAACUUUUCACCCGGGCAGCCCUUCCAAAAACUGGACUGUCUGGGUAAAAUCCAGACAGGUGGCAACCCUAGUACCAGCUACGGUUUCCACCCGGCUGGUAUUUUGCUGGCCGAGCUGCUAAAUCACCAGGUAGGGCCAGGGACCUGAAUUACAAGUUUAACAGCAAUGUAAAUGCCAGUAAAUUUAUAAUAACCUGUAAAUCCCUCCCUUUGCUGACAGACAGAAAACCAAUUAUAAGGACAGGCCUACCUGUGCCCUGCCCAUAUCCCCACCUGCUCCUCCCAUUUCCCCACCUGAUCCUCCCAAUUCCCCGCCUAGUGACAUCAUCUUCCACCCCAGUUGACAUCACCACCCAUUCCCUGACACAAAGGUUGGUAUUAUUCAGUGAAAAAGGUGGCAACCUUAGUACCUGGGCAGUUUCUUAUGGGGUGAUUUAUUAAUUGCGGGUUAGGAUUGGGUAAAACAAAGUAAAAAAUAUGUGUUCAUUUUCUCUCUUUUUUUGGCAGUUUUUUUUUUUUUUUGAUUAAUCAAGGUUAUUAGUCGCACACGGGAAAGCUAUGCCAUUUGCAGGUGAUAGAUCUACUGAAAAUUCCUUACCACCCAGGUCCUGGGUUAUUGUGCUAAAUGCCUUUUCACGCAUGUUCUCGCAAUGAAAAGUGUUUUACAUGUGGCAGCACUAAUGGAUCCGGAUGGCAAAGUCAUUUUCGGGCAGUUUGUCUCCCAUGGGACAGGCAAUAUCCUGCAGGUGACAAAUCGUUACAUGGCAACAUGAUGCAUGCAUAGAACUCCAACAAUCGCUCCAAUACUCAUAGCUCCUUAAAACCAUUUCAAAGGACACUGGGGCUCAUUUAUCAACACAGAGCAAAUUUGCCCAUAGGCAGUUACUUAUAGCAACCAAUCAGUGAUUAGCUUUUUAAAGAAUUGUACCUGUUUGGAUAAUAGUAAGGAAUUACUAUCUGCUGCUUUCUUAUCCUACAGCACUGCAGCCCAAGAAGAUUAGAAAAGGUAAAGGAGUCAUAUACAGUUAUCUUCCCUUUUUCUUAAUAUAGACACGCUUAAUUUCAGGCGAGUAUCACUUUAAGUUGAUUAUGAUAGUUCACGAAUGCACUGAGAACAAUUCCAGCUGUCUGAGGUUUGUUUUAAUGAUAUGAUAUAUAUAGCAAGAAUACUGUGUCCUGGAGAAUUUCUUGGAAUUCUACUCUAUUUAAUUAAAAUGUUAUUUUUGGGUU